GGAGUAAAAGCACACUUCUCUUGCUGCAAAAGACCUACACGUAGAAAUGUUGUGAUGCGUAAAUCAAACUUUUCCAUUAUUAUUUCUCUCUCUCGACUCCCUCAUUCUCACUGCACGCACGUUGGUUUGCAUUUGGGAGAUAGGCAGUAUUCUUCAUCUUUUUACUCUACUACUCUACUACUUCUGAAAGCAUCAGGAACAAGUCUGCUAAACUUGGUUUGUCUUUCUGAAAUCUUGAAACUUUCUCACCACCUUAGUUUCCUUAAUCCAGAGAACUCAGAAUACAUCAUCAAAACAAUGUCUGGUGUAACCUUAGCUGUGGCUCCUGGGAGUGGACCAGAUAAAGUCUCGAUGCCAUCCUUAAAUCCCGAAACCAACCCCUUUCUAUCAAGUAAUGAACAACAGACUGUCACCACUGGAAUGAUGGGCUCAUUACGCGUCAUAGAACUCCAACUAGUAGCCUUCAUUAUGGUCUUCUCUAUCAGUGGACUAGUCCCGCUCCUCGACCUUAUCUUCCCUGCCUUUGCCUCUGCAUACAUCAUUGCCCUCUCACGCUUCGCCUUCCCUUCUUAUAGCAAUAACCGAUCUCACUCAACGGAGAUAUUCCAGGGAAGUAGUCUUUUUCGGCUUUAUGUAGUUUUGGGGACCACAAUUGGGUUAUUCUUACCCCUUGCAUACGUCUUAGGAGGGUUUGCAAGGGGAGACGAUCAUGCGCUGAGGUCAGCUACGCCUCAUUUGUUCUUGCUCUCAUUCCAAAUACUCACCGAGAACAUAAUAAGCGGGCUUUCCUUGUUUUCCCCUCCAGUGAGGGCAUUGGUUCCCUUGUUGUACACAGUUCGGAGGAUUUUUGUUAUACUAGAUUGGAUGCAGGAUGUUUGGAUUACUAAGACCUUGCAAGUCGAUGCUCCUUCCAAGGAUGUUGCGUGGUUUUGGUUUGGGAGGAGCUUGGCAGUUGCUAAUCUAGUGUACUUCUCCAUCAACCUCUUGUGCUUCUUGAUCCCACGUUUCCUUCCGCGGGCAUUCGAGAGGUACUUCAGUGAAAGAGACGAGAUCCACAUGAAGAUAGGAGAGGAUAAGCGCCGGACUGCUGCAAACAUGUCUCAGCCUUCAGAUAAGAAGUCUGACUGAUUUUACAAUCAUUCAUGCUUUUGUCUUAACUUUAAUGUUGUGAAUUCAACCUCCUUUCUCCCAUUUUCCCCUUGAUAGAUUGUGAUUUGCAAAGGUCUUGUUGAUCAUCCGAUCAAGCAAUCGUUGGAAAAAUGUAACAUUAUUCAGUGUAAGGUUAGGACAAUUCUAAUGAGCAAGUGUAGGAUAAAUAAUUUCAGCUUCAAAAAACAGGACAGGGUUGUUUCAAAUGAUUCAAGUUUCUGAAUUAUUCACUUGAAUGUUCACUA